GAAGACGUCGGAGCCUCCCCCUCGGCCUUCACGAGCGGCUGAAGGUGACUCUCCUCUCGGCUGGGGGAUGCAGAGGGAGCUGCUGGCGGUCCUUCCGCCCCAUAACACUGUCCUCAAACGGGGAACAUCUGUUCGCCUCAGCCGUGUCUCCAGACGUUGACUACGCGGUUCUGCGGUGUUUUUGUGCUCUGCUGAGAGGACACAGCAAUCCUCCAGAAAAGACGGGCGCUCUCUGCAUGCAUGAGUUCUGCACCGUGCGGGCGGAAAAAGCGCCCCAGAUCUGCAGGCAGCGUCUUGCCCAUCACGAGAGGACCGCAGACGGACUCGGAGCACCGAGAGAGCGCUGUGGACGGCAGCAGAAUGACUGUGCAGGAAUUCAACACCCUGGUGGCGCUGUACCGGGAACAGGUCAUUUCUGUCGGUGAGAUGUCAGCAGACUGCCCAUCUCUGCGUGCUCAGAUGCACUAUACGCGGGCUAAAGGAUGCUCCAUGGCCCGGACUGCGCACCAAGACCUCGCCCUCAUUGCUGUUUCUGGCCCAGAGGACGGUGAGAUCCAUCCGGAGAUAUGUCGACUUUUCAUCCAGCUGCAGUGUUGCCUGGAGAUGUUCAUCACAGAGAUGCUGAAGUCCAUGUGCCUGCUGGGGGUGCUGCAGUUUCACAGAAAAAGAACUGACUCUGAGCCUAAGAUGGACUUCAGGGUGGACGAAAGUUCUGACGUUCCCAUCCUGGAGGACCGUUCCUCCUCACCCAUUGACUACCCUCACGAUCCUUGGCUGGUGGGAGUCCAUAUUGAAAAUAUAGAGCGACCUAUUUCCAAACAGCUAUUCAACUUAAUAUCUGCUGUUCUGUCUUGUUUCUGUGAACGGUACCCCUGGGGCUCAUGGACUGCCUGCUCACGGACAUGCAACCAUGGCACACAGAGCAGACAUAGGAAAUUUGAAUAUGACGAUUACUAUUGGAGGAGCAGUUGUCGUCAGUUAUGCGAAAGAGAUGACAAGAGGGCUUGUAAUAUGCAGGCUUGUCCUAUAAACUGUGUGCUGACAGAAUUUGGGCCUUGGUCUGACUGCUCACCCUGUGCCAAGAAACAGUUACGGACCAGGUCCAUCCAAACUCCAUCCCAGUUUGGUGGUGCAUCAUGCAAUGUAGCGCUGAUGGAAGAGAGACCCUGUUAUCCUGCCUCAGAGUGCAAGUUGGCACCAAUUGACUGCAGAGACAAAUUCAAAUGUGACAAUGGACGCUGCAUCAAUGCCACGCUAACUUGCAAUAAACAGAAUGACUGUGAAGAUAACACUGAUGAGAGGGACUGUCGUGACUUUAAAGUUGUUUGCCCAGCCGAGAAGAGAGCUGCUCCUGGUGCUGACCUUGUGGGGAAUGGGUUUGAUGUAUUUGCAAAUGAGCCAAGGGGGGCAGUCCUGGACAACAUGUUUAUGGGAGGAAGUUGCAUCAUCAGGAGACCUCCAAGCACGUUACUUUACCAUCGGAUACCUCAUAACUUUGAAAACUUUGAUAUUAAGGUUGGUGUGAUUGAAGACUUCAGCACAGAUCCCCAACCCCUGCACUCUGACUCAAUUAAUGUGAAGAACUCAAUUUCCACAGAAGAAGAGAGAAAACGGAACUUUUGGCCCUUUUUCCACUCUUUGACUUCUCAUGUCACAUCAAAAAGUUCCUUCGAAGCCUCAAAGAAAACAGACUCCCUGUUUUUACGGGUGCACCAGGUUCUACCUGUGUCCACAUUCAAAGUUAGGGACCCAAGUGAUUUGGUUUUGUCUGGACCUUUCCUCAAGUUCCUUCAUGACCUUCCCCUGCAGUACAAUUAUGCCCUGUACAGAAACAUCUUUCAGCUCUUUGGAACACACUACUACAGCUCAGGGACACUAGGGGGCCUGUAUGACCUGCUCUACCAGUACAACCGAGAGGAAUUGACCAGUUCAGGUGAAUCAGAGGACCAUGUUAAAGGCUGUCUUGGACGAGAGACUAAAUGGACAGUUGUCCUCUACACUCCACAAAGGCCUCUACCAAUGUGCUCUGACAGCAAAAUGACUCAAAAAUAUAAUGGUUCAUACAUUCAGGCAGCAGAGAAGUCUUAUUCUGCUGUGAAAGGUGGACGAACCAGAGAGGCAGCAUCUCUGGCCUGGGAGAGGCAGGGCCCGGCUCCUGAUCGAAACUCUUACAAAAACUGGGCUAAGUCUGUUCUUGAUAAUCCUGCUAUUGUUGAGUUCAAGACGCAGUCAAUAAUAGAUCUAGUGCAGGGGAUCCCCUGUGCUGUCACGAAGAGGAGGAACCUUAGAAAAGCGUUGUUGCAGUACAUGCAAGAGUUUGAUCCCUGCAAGUGUGCUGCUUGUCCUAACAAUGCAAGAGCUUUUCUCUCUGGUACUGAGUGCAAGUGUGCCUGCCAGACUGGUACUUUUGGCCCCAAUUGUGAGCAGCGAGCUCCUGACUUCACUUCAGAGGAAGUAGAUGGUUUUUGGAGCUGUUGGGGCCCGUGGAGUCGCUGCGGAGCCACCAUGAAAAGAAAUCGCAGAAGAAGGUGUGACAAUCCGGCCCCCUUGAGAGGAGGCCAACCGUGUAUGGGUCCUGACAGUGAUGAAGAGCCAUGUCACAUCUCCUUAUUCAAACAACAAGAAACAUGUGAAAAUGACCAUGACUUCUUUGUGGGAUGGAGGGAGGAGCUUCCUCCUGGUGUGCAGGGUUGUCCCAGGCCAAAGCCACCUGACAAUAGCUUCCUCAGGAAAGCAAAGCAGUACUACAACUUUGGUGAGGCUGAAGACUUCCAGUGCGUCACUGGAUUUGACCCAGAAGGUUUCCAGUUCAUCAAUUGUCUUCCUGACGGGACAUGGAGUCAACCAAAAGGAAGCUGCCUUAGAAAGAUCUGUCUUCCCCCUGAUAUCCCUGAUGGCCUGAUGCUGUUCCCCAGCAAAGAAGAAUAUAAAGUGGGUGAUUCAGUGGGACUGAACUGUGUUGAGAUGGGUUUGUUGCCACUGCCUCGAGGUUUCUACACCUGCAGUAACAGUCUCACAUGGGAACCUCCGUUACCUGCAGGACUGCAUUGCACUAAUGCUAUAGAGGAUCCAUUUGAACCUGACAGUCAGUGUGGUCCAGGUGAGAAACAUCAAGGCUCUCAAUGUGUCUGUAUACAGCGGGAGAGUUGCCUAUCCGAACCAGAGAGUCUUUGUAUUCUGAAUAUUGACAUCAACAUCACUGUGCCGAUGUCCCUCUGCUCCUUCCAAGCCGGCCGCUGCCAUGGCGAUCCACUCCUCUUUAUCAGCGAAAGUGCCUGUGACACUGUCGACUCUGAUAAACUGGAGUGGGCCAGGUUCCGAGCCAAGUUUGCUUCAAAGAGUUCUGUCCAAGAGUCGUGCGAUCUUGACACAUGUUAUGAAUGGGAGAGUUGUUCAGCAUCUAAAAAGUGUCAGUGCAUUGCUGCUCGGGACUGUCCUAAAACUGGUGUGCACAAGUUCUGUCUGAUGCUGACCAGGAUCCAGAGGACUCGCAGCAUGGACCUUUGCUCCAUGGCUGCUCUGAAGUGUGCCAACUACCAGUUUGAGAUCCUCAAUGAAGGUGUCUGUGAAUCCAGAUAAGCCGAUUCACCCCAUUCUAUACAAAUAGAUAUUUUUUUUUAAACAUUAUUCGACCAUUGCUGUAAAUUCUGCCACAAAUGGUGGUUAUAUUGUAAUCUUUUGUUGGAUUCAGUAAAACCUCCAAAUCCACCACAAAUCAAGGAAUCAGUAAUCACCAAUCAAGUCCUGCUCAAUCACUUUUUUUCUAAUACUACUACAAAUAUGCUCCUGCACCACUAAAAAUGCCCAAAAAGUCAGAGCAGGAAAAAAAAAAGAUUUUUUUUAUAAUUACUAACUAAACUAAAUUGAAACUACCGUAACAUUUGUUGAAGUUGCGCAUGUCGUCUUACAUGAUGAUGAGUUCAACAUUUGGCCAAUUAAAUGACUGAAUAUUACUUAAACUCCUAGUUCUACAACUUUGGUGGUUAAAUUGUAAUUAUAUAAAAGCUCAGGUGAAUAAAAACAGCAUUGGGGUUUACAAGACAAAAACACUAAAACUAAAUUAGCCCCACUUAGGUGUACUUAUGUAAAUCAAGGAGAAUAAAGUACAGUACUUGGAAGCUUUUUUGGAAUUUGAUGUCCAAUUAGACAAAUUGAGCCUGUACACAACUUUUAACAUAUAGAUACAUUUGAAAAGAAAUGUUUUUUUAAGUAGUACGUGGUUGAUAUAUUAACCUACUCAGUUAACUUUCACCAUUUUUGCUUUGACACAAGUGCGUAGGUUUUGUCUCAACAUUGGUAGGGACGACACAACAACAUAACCUGCAAGUACACUUUUUUUUUUGCUGGGGUAGGGACAUUAAUAACCCCAAACAAAUUGGGUGAACGGGCUUUUUUUCUCAUUUUACUAACUUUCACGUGUAUUGGUUCAGGUGCAUACACUUCAUUAUCAGUUGACGGGACACAGGGCUUGGGGCCGAUCCGUAGAGGGCCUAUUUUCAAAAACGUAAAAUUCAAAUAUUUUCAAAACCAAAGCCGCUAUCAACCUAAAACCAAAACAGGGACCUCCUUUAGGCAUAUAUGAGUCUCCAUGAGCAACGACAUUAAAAAAUUCUAAGUCGUUCCCUAAUGAAAUCCCAGUUUACUAUUUUUUUAUACAAGUAUAACAAAAUUUAAAAUGGCUAUAAAAUUCUAAAAUUUUACGCAAGAUGCACAAAAAUCACCAACUAUAUAGAUAAUCACUUAUAUUUUCAGGAUCAAUAGCAAUAUUUAACAUAUCAUAGAAGUUUUUGCCCAAAAUAGCAACUUUUCUUUUUUUUUUUUUUUUUAGUGCAAGUUUUCAACAGCUAAUAAAUCAAUCAAUUUUCACAUCAGAAACUUGAGGAAAGCAUACAGAAUCAUCUUAAUUUUACUCAACAAAAGCAAAAUUUGAAUUUUUCUAUAUGCAAUCACAACUUAUUUAGGUUGAAUUCCGAUGUUACUAUUGCCUCAGCACGUCUUGCCGACUAUCUGGCCCUCGUCGUUUUUAGAUUGAAAAGUUACAUAAAAUAAAACACAUAAAAGGCGAUUUUAUUUUGUAUAGACACAGAAACGUCUACUUUUUUGCCAAAAAAAAAAAACAGGCCGUUGGCCGAAAAUUACCUUUUCAUUUGAAUGUGAAGUUACGCUACUGUGUAUGGACACAACAUGGCAGCCAUCACAAAACAAAGAGCUCUUUAAGUUGAAAAUACUUGCAUAUAAAUGCGUACAUCCCAGAAUUUUUAUAGAUAUGAACAUAGAACAGUCUAGAUUCUUGGUUAAAAGCAAAAAACUGGGCUGUUAUCAUUCAUUUUACGUAAAUAUUUCGAGCUAAAAUUACGCUAUUGUGUAAAUCCAACGUGGCGGCAAUCACAACACAAAGAGCUUUUUAAGUUGAGAAUUCUUGCAAAUAAAUGCGUACGUCCCAGAAUUUCUAUAAAUAUGAACAUAGAACUGUCUAAAUUGUUAUUUAAAUGCAAAAACACAGGCAGUUAUCAUUCAUUUUACGUAAAUAUUUCGGGCUAAAUUUACGCUACUUUUAUCCAUGCAUUUUUUUCACGUUUCAAAGUGCAUGCAUGGAGCUAUUUUAUAUAAUAAUGACGUUGAAUCCUCGACCAAAUCACUCGAGACACUCCUGCCUGUUGCAUGCAGUAAAAUUUUUGUACUUUUCCCACCUAAAUCCGGCGUUUGAACGCAUCGUGUGUUUGAGUGUAUUACAGUGAAAGCCAAACGCUCUGCCUUGCUUGGCCCCUAAAGGGAAGGCGUGGCGCAAUGUUUUGUGGGAGCUGUCUUGUCAACUGAUGGUAAAGUCUAUGUCUGGUGAUACACUGUUCGAUUCAAACCUUUGUGUUCAAGAACUACUCAAGAAAAAUUUUGAAAACUUCCAGAAUAAAUGUCUGGAUUUUAUAAGCAAAUUUAAAUAGCAAAAUUUGAACAUAAAUUAUAUUAACAUACACAAUAAAUACACACUUGUUAAUAAUCUCUUAACUAGCCAGGAAUGCAAAAAAUAAACAUUUGUCUUAACUACGACGACUCAACAUUGUCUGUCUAAAUAAAUAAAUAUAACUGAAAAAAAAAAAAAAAAAAUCUUAGUCAGGGUAUAAAAAAAAAACAGAGCCUUACUUCGGGUAGAACACAACUGCUUUUGUCCACAAAUACAUCUAAAGACAAUACAAAAUGAAAACUUACUACCUUGACUAUGAUAAAUGUAUGAUUACCUGGAAAAAAAAAGUCUGCCUAGGCUAGAAAUAAAAAAUUUAAUUAAUAAAUUGAAAAUAAAUAAAUACAUUUUGAAUAAAGGCAAGACAUCAGCCAAUCAAACGUGCAUUUGAGGGGAAUAAAUGGACCGGCACAUUCAGCAAGUGAAAGAGAGGAUGACAUCUAAAUGACAUACUGUAUGUUACUGAGGUCAUUAUAUAAUGCAAAUAAGGUUGCUUAAAAGUUGGUGGGGACAAAUUGAGUAUCUGGAAAAGUCGGUAAUGGUAUGUCCCUACCGUCCCUAUGCAGACCUACGCCCUUGAUUUGACAUAUCAAAAUAUAAGCAUGCACUAUUCUUGAAUUGCACUGUGUCUCAACAUUUGGAUGUUAUGUUUAAUCAAGUGUUAUCUUUAUGAAGUAGAGACUAAAAUUGAUGUUUACAUUGAGUGUUGAAAGGUGGAUGGAAGUAAUUUUUACUGCAUGGACACAAUAAAAAAAAAUGAAAAUAUAAAGCUCUGGACAUGACAUGGCUAUUUUUGUUGGAAUUACCACAUCAGCAUUUAAACAGAAGGCUGUGGACGAUAGGCAGUCCUCUAACUUGCCCCCAUUCAGACACAGUUUUUCAUUUACCAGUUGGGCAUUCAAUUUCAAGUCAAAUUCAACACAAACAUAUUAUGAGGGGAAUUAAUUAUAUUUAUUAGGGACAUGCAUCAAUGUUGAUCACAGUUAGCUGCUCGCCAGAACACUUCCUGGAACCAACUUCACAUUCAGUCAUCGUCACGGCAACACCACUAACACCUGUGGUCACACAGAGGGAUGCUGAGUCUUCUGGACAUUCAGAUGCAUUUUGGCAUUGACAACUUCCAGCUAAAUGUAAAAAAACAAAUAAUAAAAAAAAGCGGGAAAGGGUUAUUGCUUGCCCUUAUUCGAAUAUACUGCACAAGUUGUAUUUCAUGACAAUGAUAAUGCUUUAAAGCAUUCCUUACUCACCCUGACACUUGGCUCCAGGCUUCGUCUCUUUAGACCAGUCACAUUCGCUAUCAUUGACGAGUGUAAAGUUACGGCCCAAACAUCGCAGCGCGCCGAGCUGGCAAACACCAAGCACCCGAGACUGGCUCGAGGUGACUCUGGCACACAACUCCAGAGAAGUGCUGCGGAACAUAGACUAAAAUCAGUAAAUUCUUUCUAUGUUAUAUUUUUUGCAAAUAAACCCAAAGAAUAUAAAUCAUACUCACGGGCACUGAAACGGCAUUUUACACACACACUGAGUUUUUCCAACAUUCUCCCACAGUUUACAUUUCAGGUUCAAAUUAGGAGUUGAAGUGGGGACUAAAAAAGUGUUAAAACAAUUUUAGUCACAAGAAAAAAAAAAUCAAUCAGAUGUCAGAUAAUCAUAUUUACCGAGUAUUCAAUUAGAUAAUACAAAGCAGUGUUGUUUUCGUCAACAAUGGCGACAACGAAAAUAUUUCGUCGACGAGCAACUUUUUCAUGAUGAUGACAUAACAGUGACGAGCUAAAAACGUGGCUUGGGGGACUAGAACAUAACGAGAUGAAUGCCAGUUUUCGUCUGACGAGACGAAAACGAGACUCAAAUGAGAAUUUUUUUGUCGUAUGUUUACAAUGUGUGAUAUUUUCAUAUUGUACGUGGAGUGCGUCAGUUUGCCUCGUGUUUGGGUCGUGUCAUUCAUGCGACUAGUCCUCUGCCUGUCCCUCACUCUACUCACCGGAGUUUAGGGUGUGUCUAAAGCUAGGCUGCGCUCCAUCUUGCUUGUUUGAAAACAUGGUAAGAUUUGUUUUCUUAUCUUGACAAAAGAGAAUAUGCAAUGCUGCUUUAGCAUUUAACCCUUGAGAGUCGAAGGACGCGCCGGCGCGUCCUCAGCGCACGUCGUCUUUGAAGCGCCCUCACGUUUUAAUUACGUCACCCACAUGCCGUUGGUUGGUCUCGUUUUAAAGUGCGGAAGUUGCGGUUUACUCUCGUUAUUAUUUGAAGUCAAUCGACCAACUAAAACGUGAGAUAUUGUCAUUUAAGUUUUAUAGUUUUAUUGUCCUCUCAAAAAAACAUUAAAUCGCUGCAUGGAUCAUUUGUUUAUGUCUAUAUUUCCAUCAUUUCUUGUCCUUUUUCAAAACGGAAGGCAAGGCAAGGCAAGGCAAAUUUAUUUAUAUAGCACAAUUCAACACAAGGCAAUUCAAAGUGCUUUACAUCACAUGAAGACCAUAAAAAUCACAUUUAAAUCAACACGACGUAAAAACCAAGACAAAAGAUCGCAUUUAAUCACAGAAUAAAAAUAAAUAAACAAAAAUAAAACAAAAAUAAAAAUAAAGCAAAAACUACUACUAAUAAUAAUCAUUGAAAUCAGCAAUGGAGAUAAGCACAAGAGGAAUAGAAGGCAGGUAGGUUGAAAUAUAUAGACAGGUAUGGAUAUGCAGUGCCAAACAAAAGCGUUUUUAGCCCUGAUUUAAAGGAGCUAACAGUUUGAGCAUACUUCAGACGUUUGGGUAACUUGUUCCAGAGGUGAGGAGCAUAAUAACUAAAUGCUGCCUCACCCUGCUUGGUUCUUGUUCUUGGAACAUGCAGAAGACCCGCUCCAGACGACCUUAGGGGUCUUGAUGUCUCAUAGGAAUCUAACAUGUCAAGCAUGUAUUUUGGUCCACGGCCAUUAAGUGUUUUGUAGACGAGCAGUAGUAUUUUAUAGUCUAUCCUUUGACUCACUGGAAGCCAGUGAAGCGAUUUCAAAACCGGUGUAAUGUGGUCCAGCUUCCUUGUAUUUGUGAGGACUCUGGCUGCAGCAUUCUGUACUAGCUGCAGCUUCCUGACUGAUUUUUUAUCAAGACCUGUAAAUAUACCGUUGCAGUAGUCCAAUGUAGUCCAAUCUGCUGAAAAUGAAUGCAUGCAUAAGUUUUUCCAUGUCUUGUUGAGUCAGAAGCCCCUUAAUUCUGGUUAUAUUUUUUAGGUGGUAAUAAGCGGAUUUAGUGACGGACUUUAGAUGGCUAUCAAAUUUUAGGUCUGAGUCAAUAAUUACGCCAAGGUUUCUGACUUGAUUUGUAGCUGUAAGUGACAUUGUGCUAAGUUGGCUGCUUAUCUUUGACCUUUCCUUUUUUGGCCCAAAAAUGAUCACCUCUGUCUUCUCCACAUUUAACUGGAGAAAAUUCUGGCACAUCCAUUCAUUGAUUUGAUGAAUGCAUUUACUCAGGGAGACUAAGGGACUAUAAUCAUGUGGGGACACAGAAAUGUACAGUUGUGUGUCAUCUGCAUAGGCGUGAUAGGAGAUGUCAUACUGUUCCAUUAUCUGAGCUAACGGAAGCAUAUAGAUGUUAAAUAAGAGUGGUCCAAGAAUUGACCCUUGAGGGACUCCACACGUGAAUUUGGUUCGUUCUGACUCAUAGUUUCCGAUUGACACAAAGAAAUCCCUAUCAUGUAAAUAGGAUGUGAACCACUGAAGAACAGUGUCAGUAAGCCCUACCCACUGUUCCAAUCUGCUGAGUAGUAUGUUGUGAUCAACCGUGUCAAAUGCGGCGCUGAGAUCCAAUAGUAGCAGAACAGAUGAUUUGCCUGCAUCGGUAUUCCGACGAAUAUCAUUUAGGACUUUGAUAAGCACGGUCUCGGUGCUGUGUUGUGGCCGAAAUCCAGACUGAAAUGAGGUAAAAAGAUUGUUUUGCAUCAUAAAAGUCUGGAUCUGUUCAAACACAACCCUUUCGAUAAUUUUCCCCAGGAAUGUCAGAUUUGAUAUUGGCCUGUAAUUACUAAUGGUUGAGGCAUCCAGAUUAGGUUUUUUUAGGAGAGGUUUUAUUACUGCAGUUUUUAAAGUCUGAGGAAACUCUCCUGUUUGGAGGGAAGUAUUUAUAAUCUGAAGUAUGUCUGGGGCUAUGCAAUGAAAAACAGUUUUGAAAAAGUUUGAAGGAAGGAUGUCAAGGCAGCAUGUUGUGGGCUUUAAUUUGAAGCUCCAUGAAAAAAACACAAAUCAAACAAACCCUUUCGAAGUCACAGUGGAAGCACAAAAUGCGUUUUAUUUUUUAAAUAAAUAUAACUGCCGUGCGAGGUUCCACCGAACGAGAGGGAGGAGUGUUCUGAAGCAGCGAGGUGGCGAGCGACGGCCGUUUGGAUCGAGCAGCGACUUUGUGUGACUUUGAGAAUGAACGGAAAACUAAAUUAAGCGCAAGCAAUUGUGCUUUUUGAUCAACUUGAGGAAGAAGAUGGUCCAAAUUCGUCAUCAUCGUCUUCUUCGGAAGAGUCCUCGAGUGAAGAUAGUGAUGGAUUUGAACACGUGGGUGACGCCAUCGACGAGCAGAGGUAAGCAAACUCACUUUUUUUUUUUUUAAUGCUGAAAAAGUUUCUUUUGAAAGUUUCUUUUGAUACUGCAAGACAAAGUUAAUUUUGAUGCAAUAUAAGUGUGUGUUUGUGUAUAUAAUAAUAAACUGUGCAUAUCAGAUCAAAGUCGUACGUGCACUGUGUGUAUCCAAGGCAGGAUUUUAUAAUUGUGGUGAUCUUCUUUCUAUAUGAAGAUUAGGGAUGUGGCACAUAUUCAGCUAUGGUAUUCUUUCUAUUGUCAUACAUAUAGAUUUCCAUUAUUAUUUAUUGCUGUAUAUAUUUUUAUUUUAUACUUUAUUAUUUUCAUAAAUACUGACUUUUUUCAUGUACAUUUAUAGUGACAAUGAAAGUAAAGUGAAAUGAAAAUGGAAGGGUGGAAGGGUGGAAAGAGGACCGACACCCCAUGGAAGUGUGGGCUGUGUGAUGUCGCCCUGUGUCGAAUUCCAGGACGAAACUGCUUUUCGGAGUGGCAUGCCUGAAAAAAAUGUAACCUGUUUAUUGUAAAUACUUUUGAAAAUACUUUUUUCCCCCCAAUAUAUUUUUUUCCCACAGUCUUCUCAAUUUGUGUAUAUAAAUGUGUGUUCAAGAAGCUUGAUUGUGUGUACAUAGUUUUCAUCAGGUGAUGGGCCGCAAUACCUAAACCCAUAAAGAGAUGGCCUCUAAACACUUUUUGUGUUAGAUGGUAUAUUUUUUUUCACUGUUCGGUCUGCUGUAUAUAACCUGUUUUGACUAGAGCAUGUAUAAAGGCAAAAAACGCCUAUGGCUAUACCUGUUGUUUAUGUUGAAUUGUCAAAUAUAAGACUAUUUAUUCUAAUUUUUUUUGGUUGAAUGUUCAUCCUAACAUGUUGAAUAAAUAUUACAAAGUUUCAAAACGGUUCGUUACGCAUGUUUGGUUGUCAAUUGGUCAUCAAUAUUAAAAAUUUUGACAAAACGAUUUUAGAAUUUUUGGUCUUUUUGGGCCCAAAAUGAUGAUUUAUAAUUGGUCAGUGAAGGAAACAACAGUUUGGACAUGAAGUUCAAGGUGUCACAAAAAAAAGGGACCAAACCACGCCAUCGUAAACAAUUCUUUCUUUGAAAUAUAAAGGCAACUUCAAAGGCAUGCAAAAUCAGACAAAAUAGGCCCAGACCUUAAAGGGUUAAAGGUCUGUGGUGAGUGAUCAUCAGAAAUUAAAUGUAACUCCUAGCAUUAGUGUAGUAUUCGCGUUAGCAUUAGCUUCAGAAUGGCGGGUGUCCUCUUAAAACACUGGCCAGUUUAAAGCAGAGCCACUUGAUUUUUCUGGUCAUUAAAUCUAGAGCAGACCAGAUUGUAAAAAUUGCAUUAGCUAAUAGGACAUUAUGGCUGUUUUGUAUGGUAAAUGAGCAAUUAGUGGGAAAUACUGUUUGCUAGCAACUUCUGGCUAGACUCUAAGAAUAGCAACAACAACAAAAAUCCCUGACUUCCCACUGUUAAACGCUCGGACAUUUUUUUUUUUUUACAUACAGUCCGUGGCUUCCAGGUGGGUUUGAUUGAAAAUGAUGUACUGCUUUUCCUGCUGAGUGUGUAUUAUCGCCACCAAGUUGGUGUUGUCCUUGUAGACACUACAAUACAGUAUGUGUUCAUCUGUCCAUGUUCAUUCGAAAUUGUUGGAAACCUUUAUUUAUUUUUCGACUUAGACUUUUGAAUUUGAGAGACGUAAACAUUUGGAGUAACUGUUGACUAAAACGAGACAAAAUUUGUACGAGAUUUCGUCAACUAAGACUAGAUGAAGACGAACACAUUUUAAAAUGACCAAAAUAUGACUAAGACUAAUAAGCAUUUUCGUCCAAAAGACAAGACCAAAACUAAAAUUGCCAAAAAUAACACUGAUUCAAAGUAAGGUUUUGAAGCACAAUUGACACAAUCUCAAGUUAGAACCAAUUGGAUAAAUAUAAUAAUUCCUAUUUUCUACAGUUCAUCAGGUUGAAAGACAUUAGGCAGACAAUAACCUUGAUUGGUCCGAUGUAAAUGACAGAUCACAAGAAAUAAUAGGCUGAAAUAACCUCAGUGAGACGCUUUUUGUAGCCUUCUACCAGUCUUUGACAUAGGUCUGAAGAAAGUUUGUCCCACUCCUUAACGCAGAAUACUUUCAACAGUGACUGACUGUUGAGGUGAAUUAAACCUUCAUGAUCAGAUCAAAACAGCCGUCUGAAGCCUUCAUAAAGAAGAUUGUAGACACUCAUGGGUCUGGUAUGGGAUUUUAAAAGUUCUCAAAAGAAUAUAAAAUCAACCAUUUCACUGUCCGGAAAAUGGUCUACAAGUGGAGGACAUUCAAAAAAACUGCCAACAUGCCCAGGUUUGGCCGUCCAAGCAAGUUCCCCCCCGAGAGCCGAUUGCAAGAUGUUUAAAGAAGUCUUCAAAAACCCUAAAAUGUCAUCACGGGACCUACAGCAUGCUCUUGCUGCUGUUGAUGUGAAAGUGCAUGCCUCUACAAUCAAGAGACUUUACAAGUUUAACCUUCAUGGUAGGUGUGCAAGGAGGAAACCUUUGCUCUCCAAGAAGAACAUGAAGGCCAUACUGAAGUUCGCCAGAGUGAAUGUAGACAAAGACCAGGACAUCUGGAGAAGAACCUCAUACAUACUGUGAAGCAUGGAGGUGGAAGUGUCAUGGUUUAGGGAUGAUUUGCUGCAGCAGGACCUGGCCAGCUCACCAUCAUAGAAUCAUUCAUGAAUUCUAUCAUGUAUCAGAGGGUGCUUGAGGAACAUGUGAGAUCAUUUGUGAAAAAUAUAAAGCUGAAUUGAAACUGGACCCUGCAACAUAACAAUGACCCAAAACAUACCAGUAAAUCCACCAAGGACUGGCUGAAAAGAAAGAAAUGGAGAGCCUGGAAUGGCCGACUCAAAGCCCAGCUCUUAAUCCCACUGGGAUGCUGUGGGGUGAGUUGAAACGGGCUGUACAUGGAAUAAACACCUCAAAGAUCUCACUGUUGAAAGUAUUCUGCAUUAAGAAGUGGGGCAAACAUUUUCGUUGAUAUAUUUGGUUUGAUGAGUAAAACAAUGUUAAUAUUUGUUGUUUACCUGCAAUUAAAUGCCUUUCUUUUCCAGAGAUAAAGAAAAACAAGAUCAGACAUUGACAUGUGAACAUUUCUUGAUAAAGAACUGAAUAUUUAAUGGGGUGUCCUAAUUUUUUCACAUGACUGUAGCUUAGUAAAAUUACUCUUGGGCACUAUAUAAGCACUAUAGAAAAUUUAAUUUAAAUAGAAUUUUCACCAUCAUAUCACCUUUACUACAGUGUGCUGUGGAAGGAGAUGGAGACCAUUGUAGACUGGGAGUGCAUAUGAUGUCUGACACGUCACCAGUCAUCAUCAAUCCCUCAGGACAGGACAAGGAUAUCCUGUCACCGAUAUGAUAGUUCACUUUACUGGGCGUAGCCAUAAUAUCAUUGUUUAGAUGAGGAAUGGUACAUGUUGAACCUGUGAAUGGAAGUGAAGAAAGCAAUUUUUGGAAUUAUGAGAAACUUGAGCAUUACUGUAUACAGGGCUGAAUAAUCAAUACAUGUGUUAUUGGCGAGGAUAUUUACUUUUACAAACCAUUGCUCCAGUCUUCCAGGUCUGACUUUCAGUACAUUCAGCCAAAGAAUUUCCAAUGAGGUAAUAACCAUCUAUGCAAGAGUAUUGAACUAUGGUCCCUGUCAAAUAGAAAGCACUAGGAUCCUGAAGAGAAUACACACACGAGCAAGUAAACACACACACACAGUUGACUGCAUGUGUCAGUACUAGCCAUACAACCACAGUACAGUACACACAAUACCAGCUUUGUAUUUUAACAGAAAGGGUUUAAUAUAUUUGUCAUACUGUUCAAAAUGUACCUGGGUGAAACCAUUUCUGAGAUUUGGAGGAGGUCCACAAAAUUUCGGUGGUGUCAGAGAUAGACUGAAACAUUGAGGCUCCAUCAUCCUGCACACAGGUUAUAAUCAGAAAACACAAUUCAGCGUGCAAGUGGACUAUUAUUAUUUAUUUUUAAUGUUAUUGUCAUUUUUUGUUUUGGCCAUCUUUUUGUCCUUACUGUAAAUACUGUAUCUCGGCAUCAUCACAGGCUAAUUGCUCUUCUGUCACCCCGGGACAGUGUUGGCCCCCUCUGCUAGGGCUGGGGUUGUUGCAGCUGCGAGACCUAGACUUCUGAGCCCCAGAACAAGAACUCCAGGAUGACCAGCAGCUCCAGCCGCCAUGGAUCACCCCUGGGAAAAGAGUUUAUUAUAACUCAGAAGGGACAUAUUGUUGAAAAGGUAUCUGAAGGGACAUAUUGUUGAAAAGGUAUAUGGCAUAACUUGUAUUUCAAUGAAAGAAAAUACAAAUUGUCUUUUUGGAAGUUUGGGUACACAGUGACAGAAUUUCAGAAACAGGCAGCACAUAGAAGAUUUACUUGGUUGCGUGAUUUACAACUCGAAGACGGGACAGGCACUCCAGAGAGUCAAGUUCCUUUUUUUUUUUUUUUUUUGUAAUAUUCUCCCA